AAAAUCAGAAACUACGGCAAAAAAAAAUUUGCCGGAGUUUUCCAUUGCAUAAAACUUUGCCGGAGUUUUUUACGGCAAAACUUUAAAAAAACUCCGGCAAAGUAAGUGGGUUUUUGCCGUAGCUCCUGUACCAACGGCAAAGUCCUAAAAACUCCGGCAAAGUCCUAAAAACUCUGGCAAAGUAGUUUCAAGAUGGCUGCUCUACUGUAUGCCAUACAGCAGGCAGCUGUCUUGAGACGGGAGCGAGUCUUUAGAGAUCGAACGCAUCCCUUGGACAUCUACGACGACAGUGAAAUGCUGAAGUUAUAUAGAUUCUCCAGGCAGGGAUGCGUUCACAUCAUUAACAGACUCGCUCCCUAUAUUGAGCAUCCGACGAGAAGAAAUUUUGCUCUACCUGCCAGUUUGCAAGUAUUUAUCACCUUACGAUACUUCGCGACCGGAUCGAUGCUUACGAACACCAGUGUCAUACACGGAAUACAUCUGUCAACAGCAUCAAGGACGAUACGGAGAGUGACCUUAGCCUUGUAUCAGCUAAGAAAUGAGGUGAUCAAGUUCCCCCAGUCAAUGGAAGACAUUCGAGAGCAUCAAGUAGGCUUCUACGGAGUGGCCCAUUUCCCGAAUGUGGUGGGGGCUGUGGAUGGGACACAUGUGAAUCUGUUGGGGGCUCCCCUAGGUGAGGAUGAAUACCUCUAUGUUAACAGAAAGGGUCGCAAAUCACUGAAUGUUCAACUAAUUUGCGACCACACCUACAAACUACUGAAUGUCGUCGCCAGAUGGCCAGGAAGCACCCACGACAGCCGCAUCUUGAGGAACAGUGCCAUUGGACGACGGUUUGCUGAUGGCGAGCUGCAAGGUAUCCUGCUGGGUGAUGCAGGAUAUCGCCUGGAGCCAUGGCUCAUGACACCAGUUCGAGAGCCACAAAACAAUGCUGAAAGAGCAUAUAACAGAGCACACUGUAAGACACGGGUUUUCAUCGAGCAAGUCAAUGGGCAGCUCAAGAAUAAAUUCAGAUGCUUGUUGGGUGGUGGCAUCAAUAUGUCCCCAGAAAGGGCCAGCGACAUCAUCAUCGCUUGUUGUGUUCUCUUUAAUAUAAGCAAGGAGUUGAAAGAACCAGAACAAGAAUACCACAUGGAAGUUGAUGAAGAUGUCAAUCCCCACGAGCCAGAAGGAAAUGAGCCCACUGGUGCUGCUGUUAGACAGGCAAUUAUAAAUGAUUAUUUUGCUUGAACUGAUUUGGAUUAACCAUGCACAUUUUCCCCAUUGUCAUUGCUCUGUUUAAAUUGAAAGCCAUGUCCUGCUUUCGUUUUAUUUUAUAUUGACAU